AUGACCCCCACCAUUCAGGGUUCAAGCCCGACCCCCAGACCGCCCGGCACAGUUGGGGGUGCUGCGGAACUCAGCCUGGAGAAGAUCCCCGACCCCAUCAAGGAGGCCACGGCCCUGUUCUACGGUAGCCCGGGCCACCGGGGGGGACCGGGCCGGGGAGGCCGGGGGGUGCUCGCACAGGACGCCUCUUCUCCCAGCACCCCCAACCCAGAGGGCCAGAUGGGACUCUCUGGCUGUCCAUCAUCUCCAGCCAGGAGAGAACGUUUCCGGGCCCGGAACCAGGAGCUGGAGGCGGAGGGCCGCCUGGCGCAGCGCACGAUCCAAGCCCUGCAGAGCGAGCUGGACAGCCUGAGGGCCGACAACAUCAAGCUCUUCGAGAAGAUCAAGUUCCUGCAGAGCUACCCCCGGCCGGGGGGCCAGCAGCGACGACACCGAACACCGGUAUUCGUCGCAGUACGAGGAACGCCUGGACCCUUCUCUUCCUUCAGCAAGAGGGUCGGUCCUCCCGCCCCCUCCCCAAAAAAAGAGGCUCACCUCAUCACCCCUCGCCGACCCCAGCCACCAUCCCCCCAACCAGGACCACUACCCCGCCCCUCACCGCUCCCUAACCCCCGCCCCCCGGCCACUACUCCCAGCCGAGCCCUGCCGCCGGUCCCGGGGGGGUCAGCGUCCCCGGCCUCCGGCCCGGACGGCCGCUGA